AUGUCUGUGAAUGUCUCUGUGUAUAUAUGUCUGCCCGUAUGUCUGUCUGUGUGUCUGUGUCUCUGUGUGUAUGUAUCUCUGUGUAUGAGGGAAAAAGAAAGUUCUACCGAUUUAUUUCCUGAGAUUUUUCUUAUUGUUGCUACUGUUUAUAUAAAGAAUCUAGUGAUAUUGCAUGACUAUUUGAGUGGGUGUAUGCAAACGUGUGUGGACGUGUCACAUAAACGUAUGUGGGUGUAUGUAAACCAUUUCCCAGAUAGAGCUAAUGAUGAUGAUUUCAAAGUAACUGAGAUUGGCACAAACAGACAUGUUGGGACCAAACGUUGGAUCGAUUUACAACGGUCAUCAAUCAUUUGA